GCCAAGACAUCAGCCCAGACGGAAGCCAUGGCGCGGAUCUGCAACAUAGCCUCGGCGCUCCUCCUCGUGGCCGCUGCAGCAGCGACGGCUCGAGCGACGGAGGUCUCGUUCGACUUCGAGGCCGACCUGGACGGAUGGACGGCGCUGCGAAGGAGUUGGCGCUGGUCGGACCGCGACGGUCUGAGCUCGUCCCUGCCUCCGGACGGGCGCGAUGGCUUCGCGGUUCUCGACCAGGCAUCCAGUGACGAACUGCAGUCGCCUCCGAUCCUGAUGCCCGAAGGAGGGAGCGUCAGCAUGACCUUCUACUUGCGCUCAAUGCACGUGGGGUCGAAUACCCUGUUUGUCUCCUACUUCGUGGACGAUGUCAACUUCCUGCUGCUCGACCUCGGGGAGUACUCGCUCCCGAACAGCACGGACUGGGUCACCGUCUCCGCUGACAUACCGCCCACUGAGAAUCCUCUGUCGGUGGAGGUAUUUUGUUUCAAUGGCUAUGAUUCGGUGCCUGGAGAAGAUCUUCUUGGAUGUGCUUUGGACCAGAUUGUUGUUCAUGUAAACGGCGACCAAACGGUGAGUCCGACGGAGGAACCAACAACACCAGGGACAGAAGCUCCAACUGAAGUCACAACAGAGGCGGUGACUGAUACACCAACAGAACCUGAAACUGAAGGACCAACUGAAGGACCAACCGAAGGCCCAACAGAACCUGAGACUGAUGCUCCUACCGAAGGCCCAACCGAAGGACCAACUGAAGGACCAACAGAACCAGAGACUGAAGGACCAACUGAUGGCCCAACAGAACCAGAGACUGAUGCUCCUACUGAAGGCCCAACCGAAGGCCCAACAGAACCUGAGACUGAAGGACCAACUGACGGCCCAACCGAAGGACCAACCGAAGGCCCAACCGAAGGCCCAACAGAACCAGAGACUGAAGGACCAACUGAAGGACCAACCGAUGGCCCAACAGAACCAGAGACUGAUGCUCCUACCGAAGGCCCAACCGAAGGACCAACUGAAGGCCCAACCGAAGGACCAACUGAAGGCCCAACCGAAGGACCAACUGAAGGCCCGACAGAACCUGAGACUGAAGGCCCAACUGAGGGCCCAACAGAACCAGAAACAGAUGCCCCAACUGAAGAGCCAACAAAUCAGCCGAGCACAACAGAGACCCCAGGCGGCCCUCUCGUCUACACUUUCAACGACGGCGCUGCUGGCUGGACCCUCAGUCACAUGAACGGAGCCACGUGGGUCCACAAGGAGUUCGACAGCAACGGGCGCCCUGUGAAUGAUCCCCCUAAUGGCCCGUGGGUUUUGGAAAUCCAACCUGACGAGGUCCUGGCAGGUACCGUCGUCGCCCAGAGCCCCUUGGUCGAAGCAGUCGACACCGCGAUGACCGUGACGAUAACCUUCUGGAUGGACGGCGCUGAUGACUUCCAGGCUGAGCUGAAGGUCCGAAGAAAGACAGACUUCAGCACAUUCGACGUGGACCCCAUCAUGAACCUGGACCCGUUCGGCGACCAGGAGAACCGCCGCUGGAUCACGUACCGGGCGAGCUUCGACGGCCUCACCCCGGGACAGGCCUUCAAUGUCAUUCUGGAGGGCUCCCUGGGCGGACACCCCAACAACUCGGUGGCUGUGGACAUGGUGGAGAUUUGGGGCGUCCGGGAGGCCAGCCUCGACCACUCGUCCUUCUUCGACUUUGAGAAAGGCCUCCAAGGCUGGUCAUCCGGCAACCUGGAGGGCGGGCGGUGGCUCCUGCAGACCUGGAGCGACCUCGACCCCUCGGUGGGCGUCCCGCGGCCCUCCGACGGCCAGAACUUCCUCUUUGUGGAGCGCUUCGACAUCCACUCGGGUAUAAUCACAGUGGAGUCCCCCGUGCUGACGCUCUCCCCCGGGGCCAGACACACGCUGGAGCUUAAAUUCUGGACGCGUGGGUCGGUGGUGUACCCUGCUACUCUAAGGAUUCGCAAGAAGACCCCCGAAGGCCGCUACGAGGCUCUGCCCUUCCUGAACCUCCGCAACUACGGCGACACAGACAACACCCACUGGAUUAGCUUCAGCCACCAGUACCUCGUCCCUUCAGACACCGAGGAAGUGUCCUAUCAGCUGGUGAUCGAGGCCGACCUGGGGAGCGACUUAAACAACCUGGUGGCCUUGGACGACCUCAAGAUAACGACGUCGUGAGGGGGUCGUGAGCAGGAAGGUGAAGGCGAGGUCGUCGUCUCUGCACUUUCUCUCGUUUGGGAUAAAAUAAAGAGUCCUUAUUUUUGUA